ACUUCAAGGAUUGGACUUCUUAGUGAAAGAAGUGCCUGGUAAAAAGACAAAAACAUAUAUUGCCAUACGAGAUUCAAUGACAGCAUCUUUAUGACACUGUUGAAAAUUUGGUAUGAAAUAAGAAAUGUUUGGCAAUUUAUAGCAGAUACAGUUUAUCAUGGAAAAGCAGCAGAUAUAUGGGCUGCAGGUGUAACCCUGUAUUACAUGGUGGUAGGCUGCUAUCCUUUUCUUGCUGAUAGUGUACCUGAGACUUAUAACAAGAUUGUAAACUGUCCUUUAUUACUCCCAGAUGAACUAGAUAGAGGGCUCAAAGAACUGCUCCAAUGCCUUUUAUGUAAAGACCCUACGCUUCGAAUAACCUUGGACAUUGUUGCUGAGCAUCCAUGGGUGAUUAAAGAUGGUGCCAUAGUCCUUCCAAAGGGCUCCUGCAGUUAACCCGAAGCUUAAGUCGAUUGAUUCAUGCAAUUAUCUUAAGGGAUGGCAUAAGUCUGAGCUCCUCUCCUUAUUCCUAAGGUGCGACCUUCUUUGUAAAAAAGAAUCUCCUGCAGCUGCAAGCUUGGUAUCUGAGAUCUUGCAGCCUAAAGGCCUCAAGAAAAAAU